CGGCGACUCACCACUACCAACCCACGCCCCGAGUGAGAUCCUAAGAAGAGGAGCUGUAGCCAUGGAGGAUAUUAAGCAGGGAGACGGCAAUAGCGCCCAGAGUGCCGCCACCACGGCCCAGCACUCCGACUUCUCGAGCAUGCAUGCCCGUCCCACCGUCGCCGAUCUCAGCGGAGAGAACCAUUUCGCGCAGGUCGCGCGGAAGAACUGGCUGAACUCGACAAAAACACCAAAAGUGCGCCCCCUGGUUGUCAAGGAAGAGCUAUGGGACGAGCUGGAGAAGUCUGGCUUCGCGUAUUCGUCGCUCCUCGUCUUGGAGAAUCUACAGCUCCUCGAGAGGUACCUGUGGCAGGGCUUUACUGAGGAUGCGUCGAAUCAUCAUCUCUUGCUGUUGGCGCUGAUGGUCAACGUGAAGAGGAGAGAGAAUCUGGCAUCUUGGGAGCACUUUACCAGCAAGCCAGAGGACUUCUCGAUUUUCUUCCGUCGCAUACUCUCUAUGACUGUCGACCCCUCGCAUCCGACAGAGAUCCGGACACAUCUCAUCUCGUUCAUCAUCGGCGCAUUUCAGUCCUUGGACAGCGGCAUAGUGCGAAAGGAGUGCGCGCCGCUUGUCUCGAUAUCCAUGUGGCUGAAUCUUCAUUCAGAUUCAGCCCGACAGGAGCUUUUCGAGCAAGAGCCCAAGCUACGGAAGGCAUGGCGAGCAUCCUCAAAACGGUUUGAGAGUGGAGACGAUGAACUCAAAGCUCGGCUGCGCUUUGAACGGUCAUGGCUGUACACGCUCAUCAUCGACUUCUUCGAUCGGCUAUACAACAGCUCAAGAGACACCGCUAAGGACAACUUGGCGUAUUGCGAGCGCUUCAUUGAGCUUCUAACUGACUUGCAGAGCCAGCUGCCAACCAGGAGAUAUGUCAAUUCGUUACUGCGAGAUCUCAAUGUCCUUCCGGCGAUCAAGUUGUCGCCUAUGUACACGGACGAGGACAAUGGUUUAUUCAGAGAUCUCUUUAAUCUCUUGAGACAUUUCACGUACUUUCCCAUCCAGGACCAGACGGGCAGGCAAUUGUCGAAGCUGGAGUACGAUCAGGAGCACUAUGCAGCGCUUGCAAAGUUGCAGAGGGUGGGCUAUGCAGCGUUCAAUGAGAAACUUACUCUACUAGCCCUUGCGCACUAUGGCAGUGUCGGCAAUAGAGAAGAGUUAGAGGGACAUCUGCGUUCACUCGACGACCCGGAGCUUGUGGAACUCUGCUCUCUCAUGGGUCUACGAACUGAAUACCCCAAGUCAUCUUUUCUAGUCCGGGACAGGCCUUUCUUUACUGAAGUCUUGGUGUCCGUCCAUGAGCGCCGACCUACUUUCAAGGACGCCAUACGCGAAAUGCGCAUCCUACCCACUGAACGGAUUUUGUACGAAGGGACUUUUCUGCGGAAUGAGUCUUACACUGGGUCAAGGCCACUCGCCAUCCCGAAGCUCAAUCUCCAGUACCUCACCAUGGGCGACUUUUUGUGGAGGUCCUUUAUCUUGUACCGAUGCGAGUCUUUCUACGGUAUCCGCAAAGAUAUGGAAGAUGUGGCCAAGCGGAUGCAACCGCGAGGAAAGGGCGUCAACUCGAAGUUUACCGGAUUCUCGAGAAUGGCUGUUCCUAUUUCGAAACCCGCCAUCGUGGACGUCGCGCCAUCACGCGUUGGCGAGGACCACCCUGCUCAUGUUCGUGCGGAGGUGAUACUAGAUGUCAGCCGUCUCCAGUUUCCCGUACGGAAGGAGUGGGAGUCGCUAAAGCCCGACGAUAUCGUGUUCCUGCUCGCCGUUGAGGGAUUAGAAGAUGUAGAGAUGCGGAAUGGCCACCAUGAAGAGCAGAAUACCGGGGAAGAGCUAGGCCUACGGAAGCUUAGGUGUGCGAGUGUCGUUCAAGUACAAGACGAGAACGGACGGCCUCUUCGUGAGCUUGCUCACGCUAAUGGACCGCCUCCUCGAGCUCGACAACGAAGGCUCAUCCUUCAUCUGGAUGCGAAACAGUACAAGGACGACAUGGACCGUGUUGCUCAGGGGCGGCCAGACGUCUACGAAAACAUCAACCUUAUUGUGCGCCGACGAGGCCGAGAGAACAACUUCCACUCCAUCCUUGAUUCCAUCAGGCGUCUCACUCUAUCCGACAUUCCAGCACCCACCUGGCUUCAGGAUGUCUUCCUAGGCUAUGGUGAUCCUGCCUCUGCUACCUACAACCGACUCCCUAACCGCCUGAAAUCGAUAGACUUCCGCGAUACCUUUCUGGACUGGCAACACCUCAUCGAAAGCCUCCCCGGCAAAUCCAUCGAACCCCACGAAGACUUGCAAUCAUCCUUUGGGCCUCCAUACGUCGUCUCCUUCCCCGCAGCUGAACCCGAAGCCAUGCCUGUACGACCCUCGAAGAAGCGUCGUCGUGAUCAAGUCGAGGUUGCACAACCUGUGCAUGAAUCUCUGCAUGUCUCCACAUACAAGCCUCCGAAUACAGGGCCCUACCCUGGCGAUGCACCCAAGCUCAACAGGGUCAGAUUCACCCCUGCUCAAAUCGAAGCGAUAACUUCAGGAACCCAACCUGGUCUCACUGUUGUGGUCGGCCCGCCGGGUACCGGAAAGACGGACGUUGCGACCCAAAUUAUCUCUAAUAUAUACCACGAUUUUCCGGACCAGCGGACACUGCUCGUUGCACACAGUAAUCAGGCGCUCAACCAGCUCUUCCAGAAGAUUGUGGCGCUGGACAUUGAUGAGCGCCACCUCCUGCGCCUGGGCCAUGGGGAAGAGGAACUUGAAACUGAAGCGAGCUUCAGCAAGCAUGGCCGAGUGGAGAGCUUCCUGGAGAGAAGAGAGUGGUAUCUCGCAGAGGUUGAUCGCCUGGCGAAGAACUUUGGGGCGCCCGGUGCUCAUGGGAGUACGUGCGAGACAGCAGAUUACUUCAAUCUUGUCUAUGUGAAGCCCGCGUGGACGGGGUAUUGGGACAAUGUCCAGUCCCCGGAUUCCAGCGUCGAGCAAAUCGUCGUCGAGUUUCCAUUUAAACACUACUUCGCCAACGCACCUCAGCCGCUGUUUCCUCCAAAUGCUUCGCGAGAGGAGAUUCUGGAUAUUGUGCGAGGUUGCUAUCGUCAUGUCGAGAAGAUCUUUGCGGAGCUCGAGGAUAUCCGCCCUUUUGAGAUUCUGCGCAAUCCGAGAGAUAAGGCAAACUAUCUUCUUAUUAAGGAGGCUCGCAUUAUUGCCAUGACAUCAACGCAUGCGGCGAUGCGACGGCAGGAGAUCGCGUCGCUGGGCUUCCACUACGACAACGUGAUCAUGGAGGAAGCAGCGCAGAUUACCGAGAUCGAGAACUUCAUUCCACUUGCUCUCCAAAAUCCGCAAGAUGGCGAGUUGCCACUGAAGCGGAUUGUGCUGUGUGGAGAUCAUCUCCAGAACAGCCCAAUCAUCCAGAAUUUAGCGUUCAGACAGUAUGCUAAUCUUGAGCAAUCGCUCUUCCUGAGGCUGGUUAGACUGGGUGUUCCCACGAUAAUGCUGGAUCAACAAGGGAGGGCAAGGCCUUCCAUCGCCACGCUGUAUAAGUGGCGAUACCCUAAACUAGGCAACCUCCCCAACGUCCUCAGCUCGAGAGCGUUCCAGCUUGCCAACCCAGGCCUUCGAUAUCCAUACCAGUUCAUCAAUGUUCCGGACUACAAGGGCAAGGGUGAAGUGGAACCCACGCCCCAUUUCAUCCAGAAUCUGGGGGAAGCGGAGUACGCGGUUGCUUUAUUCAUGUACAUGCGACUACUCGGAUAUCCAGCCAGCAAAGUCAGCAUCUUGACGACGUACGCAGGGCAACGGGCGUUGAUAAAAGAUGUGUUAGGCCAUAGAUGCAAGGGAAACAGAUUAUUUGGGCUCCCCAGGAUCGUAGCAACGGUAGAUAAGUAUCAGGGCGAGCAGAAUGACUACAUCAUCCUCUCCCUCGUCCGCACACGCUCCAUCGGCUACCUGCGCGACAUCCGCCGUCUCACCGUCGCGCUCUCGCGCGCCCGUCUAGGCCUCUACAUCCUCGGCCGUCGCUCCGUCUUCGAAUCCUGCUUCGAACUCAAACCGGCCUUCGACGUUCUCUUAUCGCGCCCCGACAAGCUCUCCCUCGUCACCGACGAACUCUUUGGCGAGACCACUAGGACUGAGGAUCAAGAUGCGGAUAUAGCGACUAUGGAGGGGGUGGAGCAUUUGGGGAAGUAUGUAUAUGAGAUGACGAAUGCGAAGGUUGAACAGUUGAAGGCCGGUGGGAAGAAGGGGAAUGUGCAACUUGCGGUGGAGGAUGUGAAGAUGGAUGGGGUAGGUGUGGAUGAGGAUGAGGAUGAGGGGGAGAGGGAGGAUGAGGUUUUUGUUAAGGAUGAUGAGGUGGUUGAGUAAAAGACUCUCUUGACGCACCCUAGGAGGGAACCGUAAAGCGCUGGAAUCGGAUUUGCGCAGGUGGGUACAAUUUAG